AUGUUUUUAACAGCAGCAUUAUUCCGGAAGGGAAUUCCUGGAAAGCAAUGGAUUGGAAAAUACCGGCGGCCGAGAGUGGUCACCAUUUCAAUGAAGCAGGCCAUGAUCCGGAGGCUGGAAAUUGAAGCAGAGAACGAGUAUUGGCUGAGCCGCCCUUUCCUGACCCGGGAACAGGAAUACAAGCAUAACACGGAAGGCAGACGGGCCAAGUGGGAAGCUCUCAGAAACUCGCGGCAAUCCAAGUUUCCUGAGCACAGAUAUAUCAAGGAUCAUUUGGACCACUUAAAUGUGUCAAAGAAGUGGACAUCUUGAAUGACGCAGGGCGUUUGUACUGCACAUGUGCUGUG